AUGGCAACCGUCGCGGUUGAUAAGGCGCCGAAAUCGGCCAGAGAGAAGCCCGCCGCGAAAUCCGGCAGAGGAAAGAAAGCUAAAGAAUCUAAGGCCAAGAAGGCGCCGGCGGCUCCCAAAAAGCCCCGAGCUCUUCCGUCUCAUCCGUCGUACGAAGAGAUGAUCAAGGAUGCGAUCGUAAGUUUGAAAGAGAGGACCGGUUCGAGUCAGUACGCCAUCACUAAAUUCAAUGAAGAGAAACAGAAGAAUCUUCCAGCGAAUUUCAAGAAGCUUUUGCUCGUUCAUUUGAAGAAGCUUGUGGCCGCCGGGAAACUGGUUAAGGUUAAGAAUUCGUUUAAACUUCCGCCGGCUAAGUCAUCGAAGCCGGCCGCAAAUGCCUCUGCUCCUGCGAAGAAGCCAACGGCGACUAAAGCCAAGGCUAAGCCUGCUUCGAAGCCUAAGGAAGUGAAGAGUACGAAGAAAGCCAUCAAAGCUCCGGCGAAGACAAAAGAUGCUCCGAAGGCGAAGACUAAACCGGCGGCUAAAUCAACAAAGCCCGCUCCUAAGGUUAAGUCUACUACAAAAAAGACGAAGCCGGUGGCUGCUGCUGCAGCUACGAAAUCAAAAUCUGCAGCAAAGCCGAAGGCCAAGCCGGCUAAGGCUGCGAGGACCUCAACAAGGACGUCUCCUGGAAAGAAGGCUGCUCCUGCUCCUACUCCUACUCCUAAAUCAGUUCCAAAGAAGGCUCCGUCGAAGAGUGUGAAGUCCAAGGCGGUGAAGUCACCGGCGAAGAAAGCAACGACUAAGAGGGGAAAGAGAUGAGAGAACAAGAGGAUGACCACGUAGGGCGAAGAAAAAAGCGUCGGAUAUUAAACCUUAAGUUCGUGUUGAAGUUAUUUUUAGACGUGUUUUUAAGUUGAAAUUGGAGCUCCGAAUUGUUUCUUUUCUUUUUAAAUGAUCGUGGAAUGAGAGAAUCAAGUAUUUUCA